CUCCUAAACCUAUUAGCACUUGAAAAGCCUUUCCUGUCACGGGGCGCUUUUUUCUGCACAACACCGGAAAAUAGUGGGUGUUAGCUGACUGGCGUUAGCAAGCAACAACUUCGAAGUCAGCUGUGGGUUCUAUGGAAGAGAUGUCAGGAGACAGUGUGGUGAGCUCUGCAGUGCCAGCAGCUACAACCAGGACCACAUCCUUCAAAGGUUCCAGCCCCAGUUCCAAGUAUGUGAAGUUAAAUGUGGGUGGAGCGCUCUACUACACUACAAUGCAGACACUAACAAAGCAGGACACCAUGCUUAAAGCUAUGUUCAGUGGGCGGAUGGAGGUGCUUACAGACAGUGAAGGUUGGAUUCUAAUUGAUCGUUGUGGAAAACACUUUGGAACAAUCCUUAACUACCUCCGGGAUGGGGCGGUCCCACUCCCAGAGAGCCGUCGGGAAACGGAAGAGUUACUCGCAGAGGCCAAGUAUUAUCUUGUCCAAGGCUUAGCUGAUGAAUGUUCAGCAGCCUUGCAGAAGAAGGAAACAUAUGAACCUCUUUGCAAAGUGCCUCUCAUGACAUCAUGUAAAGAAGAGCAGAGACUCAUUGCAACCUCGAAUAAGCCUACUGUGAAACUGCUGUAUAACAGAAGCAACAAUAAAUAUUCAUAUACUAGCAAUUCUGAUGACAACAUGCUAAAAAAUAUUGAGCUUUUUGACAAGCUGUCGUUGCGGUUCAAUGGGCGAGUCCUCUUCAUUAAAGAUGUGAUAGGGGAUGAGAUCUGUUGCUGGUCCUUUUAUGGCCAGGGUCGUAAGAUUGCAGAAGUGUGCUGCACUUCCAUUGUUUACGCCACAGAAAAGAAGCAGACUAAGGUUGAGUUUCCUGAGGCGCGCAUCUAUGAGGAGACCCUCAACAUCCUUCUGUACGAGUCCCACGACGGACGGGGUCCAGACAACGCGCUGCUGGAAGCCACAGGUGGCGCUGCAGGAAGACCUAGCCAUCUGGACGACGACGAAGAGCCCAUAGGAAGAGUUCGUAGGAUUCACGUCAAACGACCCGAUGACCGCACACACCACCACCAAUGACCUUCCUGUUCUGACCCAGCAGUAUGUGUCUCUGCACCGUGCUUGUGCCUUACAAACACCACGCAAAUUACUCUUUCUCACUUCCUGUUGUCUCCAGCUUCUCCAAGAGACUAUUCUGAGUGGUGUACAUCAAUUUGUAUUGUUUUCUGUUUUUGUGUCUCAUUUUGUUGUUUAGCUGUUGUGUUGCUUUGUAAUCUCAAAAAUGACUUCUUCUACAGUUGCCUAUAUGGAUGUUUGCUUUCAGCAGAAAAAGGUUUUACCCAUUGGACUGUUUGUGGAGUGUUUCUGUCAGUAUAAAUCUGUUGUUUACGGGUUUAAGCUAAGUGACACACAGCAGAACCUGAAGUACGAGAUGUAUAUACUGUAUUUAAAAAGGUAAUGUAGAUGGUUUGCUACUGUGGGUCUGUCAGUGGUGUUAUGCCGCAAUGUGACCAUACGGUGGCACUAUUUUAUCCCUGGAACGUUACCAUGGCUAUUUUGUAUCCUGAUAAUUAAUAAAACUGUAUAAAAAAUAAUUUUUAUGUUACAGUAUCACAGAAGAAUGCAACAUUUCACUCUCUGGAUUAUAUUCUAUUUAGUUAGGAUCGAUAUAUUUCUGUUCACUCCACUAUAAACCUUUUAUUUUCCAGUGGAGGAAACGUGAGCUGUGACCUGAGGUGUUAAAUGUACUGAGUUGAUUGAAUGAUGUCUGCUGAGGUUUAAGUGAAUGAGUGUAAUCAGAGCGAUGCCUAGCAGGAAGGCCUAUCUACAAGCUUUUAACAGAGAUGGGAAUUAGACCUGUCCAUCACUGCAUUCAUCAGAAUAUACUGUUUGCAUACUAUAUGUUCAAGUCAAAGCAAGCAUCGAUUUUUAGGUCUGUUGUACAAAAGUGAACAAAUGAUGUUUUAUAUUUAUAUAGCCUUUAUCACAAAUAAAUUUCUAGAUGCA